ACAUUUUAUUUUCUUUUGCACAAAGAAUCAAGAAUUACAUUUUAAAUGAAACUUCCAGGAUUAUUGUCCAUAUGUUUGGUACUUGUAGCAUCUGUUGCCAUUUCACUACCAGUUGAUAAUGAAGAUAAAAUAAAAAUCCCAGACGCUCUUACCCCGGACGAAUAUGAAAAAGUAUCAAAAUUGACCAAGAAUCAGGUAUACAUUGACAAGGAAAUAAAGGACCAACUGAAGAAGAUCGGAGAGUUACACAGCUCCGUAAAUUACCUUUUGAAUAAAGAUGAUAUAAAUGAAUCCGGUAAAAAUAGCACUGCAAAAGGGAAUCUAAUAUACGAUGAAUCAACCAUUGAUCUUAUGGAAGCUCCCGUUAUAUUUUUGGAACCUCCACUAAUAUUGCCAAGACAACAAAUUAAUUCGGAUAAAGAAGUCGAGAAGUUACUCAAAUCAACAGGAUUAGAAACAGAAACAGAAGAUAAAUCGUCAGAUCCUUACAAGAUCACGUCCAUGUCUGAAGUUGCCACUACAGAAAAGAUAAUUAAAUCUGAGAUUCAGAAAUUGCGACAAGAUAGGGAAAUUUUGUUCAGAAAAAUGAGAAGCGAAUCCAUGAAGAUACCAGAUCACCCAUCUUCAUUUUCUGAUUUUAAGAUGCUUAAACAGGAAUUAGAAGAAAAGGACGCAAAACUAAAGAAGGAAAUUAUAAAACUAUCGCAAUUAGAACAUGUAAAAGAAGUUCUAAUAAAGAAACACGGUCCCGGUAAGGAUGUUGAAGAUGAAGAAAAGAAGCUGGAAGACCGUGAAGAGGAAAUCGGAAACGAUGCAGAAGAAGAUGAAUUUUAAUCUUCUAUGAUAGUAUAAAUUAUAUGUCCU